AUGCAAUCCCCGACCCGGCCCGUCUCACGCAGGAAGCUUGUGUGCCACGCCUGCCGAGCCCGUAAGAAGCGAUGCGAUGGGGGGCGCCCGCGCUGCGACUCGUGUCAGAAAUGGGACCAGCCGUGCUACUACGCUGCAACCACACCCUCAGAUUCUGGCGGCGCUUGGUACCAGCAUCCAGACCGCGUCCCUGGCGCAUGGGCUCCUCCAGCAGCUCGGCGCAGGGCCCAACAAGCGCCGCAGGACGAUUACUUCGCUGUACAGUCUAUGGCCGAGUGGCCCCCACUGAUGACCCCAUUGCUCACUCCGCCGGCCGCUCCCGCAAUACCUGACGAAGCCCUGCUGGAGGACAUCCCGUCGCUCACCUUCGACGACGCCUUGUCCUUCUCGAGUCUAAGCUGGCCAUGCUCACGCCUACCAAGCGUCUCCUUGGACUCGCCUGCCCCGGCCAGCAGCCUACCAGCCCAGCCAGACCUUGUCCGGCUUGUAGACCUCUUCUUCGCCCACUUCCACCCCUUCGUGCCGUGUCUUCACGAGGCCUCCUUUCGAGACUCAUUCUGCAGUUCGCCAAUACAGGGAGAUGCACCUGCACUAGUAUAUGCCGUGCUCGCCGUGGCUGCUUGCAUGCACACAGAUGCCGCGGUGCGCCAAAGGCAGGACGAGUGGCUGACCAGGGCAAAAGCGCUUUACCGCGAGAACUGCAAUGAACAAUCUGUGCAGAUGGUGCAGACGGCGCUAUGCCUCGCUUUCCACGCACUGGUGACUGGAGAUCUGCAGGCGCUGUGGAUGCUGCUUGGCGACUCGUGGAGGAAGGCCUGUCUGAUGGGCUUCAAUCGCCUCGACGCCCCUGACCAUCCAGGUCUCAAGCCGUUUGCUCCUGCUCCUCAAGAUGCCCGCGAGAAGGAACAGCGCCGCCGCAUCUUCUGGACCAUCUUUUUGCUAGACCGUGGCACAAGCUUUCCAUGCGGCCUGCCCUAUGCCAUUGACGACCGCCAGUUCCUCGUCAAUCUGCCCGUCCGUGAAAACAUCUUCGCCGGAACCGGCCCGCUGAAUCCCGAAGAAGCUGGAUCCGUGCCUUUCAACCACAAGCUGAGCUCUCUGAUCUCGGCCAGACCAGCCCAGGGAGACGCAGCGCCCAUCAUGCACCACCUGAUCAAAGCAUACGUCAUCAUGGGCCGCAUUGUCGAGCACACCCACUCGAUCCACCCGCAGCAAUCAGAUCACAGCCGCUACAACGAGCUCGACUCAGCCCUCGUCCGCUUCCGCCUCAGCCUGCCCCGUUGCGCCACUGAACUGUCUCGCGCCGCCCCGUGCGCCCUCAAGUAUGUCCUUUGGCUGGGCAUGAUUCUCCACGCAAACACAGUCCUGCUGCACUUCACCCCCACCAAUUCUUCAACCAACGAAGAAGAUCAAGACUCUUCCCGCGCCUUCGAGUACUGCCUCGCCGCCGCCCGCGCUAUCGUCCAGCUCGUCAAGGACGCUUCCCGCAUUGCCACCGACACCCUCGCCAAUCCCCACAUCUCCCCCGCCCUGUACCUCGCCAGCCGCAUCCUACUCAUCCAAUGGCACCGCGACAAAGACCCCCAGCUGCGCGAUGACAUCGACCUCAUCCUCCUCGCCUUUGACCGCAUCGCCGACGCUUUCCCCGUCUUAGCUCAAAAGUUUACUACGCGCAUCAAUUCCGACGUGCUACUCGAUGCCGAGAGCAUUCGUGCUCUAAGGGCUGCCGGCGCAAGGGGUUUGCUGGUGCAAUGUUCGUCCUGGAAUAGACGCUGA